AUGGAAAAUAUAGAGGUCAAAGAAGACCCAUUCCCGGCGUCCACAAGGCACGCGGUCGGACUGGUAGAUGGUGUCGAAACGCAAGCUUCGUCAACCUUCUUCUCGGACAGAAUUAUGGUCACCUUGUCACAGGAGGGUCGUCUCUCGCAAUGGAUCCAAGUGUCAUUAUCAGCGCCGUCAGCUGCAACCGUUGAUAUGGCACUGCCAGACAGGAGUUUGUUGCCUUUGUCACAUCUGACACCAAAGACUCUCCUUGGCGGUGGUGGCGAGGACAGAGAAUCCUCUGGUCAACUUUAUGCAGUUCAGAUUGGCAGUCUCAUUGCCCGCAGAGAUUCGGAUGAGAAGCGUGUUCUCCUUGUUGGUCUUGGACUUUUGAAGUCCAAAACGGACAGAGAAUCUUUCUUCGACGUUAUCGAGCUUGUUCAGCAAAUUCUAUAA